AACUACAGUCCAGAAAAAUUACAUGCGCACAUUGUCUAGUUACUAUUUCACAGAUGUGUCACAACAAUCAAAAUUUUGUCUUGAAAAUUUAUGGUAAUUAAAUUUUUUAGAUUGCAACGAUAGUAAGCUUGAUCAGUGCACAAGUAUUGCUGUUGACGUUUCUCUCAAUCGUAUGAGAAUGACGUGUUGUAUUCGAUAGCGCGUCAGUAAUUCUGAUGCAAACACAGUGACGUCAUCUAAUCAGCAUCCGGGAUUGCAUCCAUCGAGCAAGACGUCUUGUGUGGAAUCGUCGCGUAGAAUCUACUCAUGGGCAACUCCUUCUCAUCGUCGCCUGCUAGUCCGACCUCCAGAAAUUCGUACGAAACUGGACGGACGAGAUCAUCUCCCUCGGCUAGCAUGGACAUUUCUCACCUCACUGACAAGGAAAGGGCGCAGAUACAGAGCGUGUUCACGCGGCAAAUGAGCUUCGAAAGGAAAGAGCAAGCGAGAAUCGAGGCGCUCAAGAAGGAAAUGAUAGAGUUUGAGCGUUCUGUUCUGGCCGCCAGCAACUCGUCGUCUCCGAGUAUGUCCGACGGUUUGUGUGCUAUUUGUCGGACUGCUCCGCUACUCGACGACGCGUCGGACUUCGCAAUGGGAGGGAGUGGACAGAGGUGUGAUAGCUGUGGACGCGUCUGUUGCCCGAGUUGCGGCGAAGAAAGGAGGUCGAAAACAACUCAAAAUGAGUUGUGGGUCUGCUUUUUGUGCGAGAGACGCUAUCAAUUUAUUAUGAAAUCAGGUUUGUGGUUUGGAUUGAAGGAAUCUUGCCCGACAGUUGCUGAUUUCGGGCUACAACUGCAUGAUAAGCCGGAUAGUAGUGGUGCAGUUGAUUCCGGUAGUCAGAUGAUUACUCUCUCACCUGAGAGAGUACCAUCCAUCAUGUUGACACGACCUAGUGUAAAGGACAAAAAGUCUGGCCCAAGCUUGGCAACACUUAAUGAUUCUGAUGAGGCUGGAAUUACAGCUCCAGCUAGCAGUGAUAGUGAUGAAUGCGGGGGUUUUACUCCUCCACCGCAGUUAGGGUUACAGUCACGUGAUGCCAUGAGCCCAAAGGAUGCACAAAGCUCACAACAGGUAGAUGAGGUCAGCAGGGAUGAAUUUACUGGAAAAAAUUCAGCAAACGGAAAUUUUGAUCUCGUUCGUUCACCUGUGGCACAUAGUCAGUCUUUACCUCAUCGAUCUCCAGGAAAAGUAAAGGAUGAUGAACGAAGUGAGAAGCCUUGGUCUCUGCCAUCGCUUUUGGCACGUAAGAAAAAAGGUGUAAUGCUUUCAGAAAGUGUAAAGACGAACCAGAAUGUCUGCAUUGAAACAAACAGUAGAUUUGACAAAGAGAAUGGUGGGGAUGAGUUAGAUGAUGACAAACCUUUGAGCCCGACAACGUGGGAUCGUGUGAGAAAUCGAGCAAAGACGAAAGCCGAGAAAGACAUUCGUAAAAAAUUAGAAAAUCGUUGGUCUCUCAACGAGUCUAGUUCUGAGGCUUGGAAACAUAGUCAUCCGUAUUCGCCGACUCCAAAAAAUGCAAAACCGUGGACAUCUGCGGCUUCAGCUAUGGCUGCUCGGAGAAAACAGAAGGUUCUUUGUAAGUCUGUGGUGGAGCAAAUGCAACCAGGCGAACGACCAUAUCAGAUACAUUUGGCUGACUUGAAUGUCCCUGUAGAUAAGGGAGUAGAUCUGUCAGAUGAGAAGGUGUCAAAGAUGCUCGAGAGCAGUGACUCUCUCUAUGCUGUGGGAGGUUAUCAAGUUAAUGGAAAGCAAGAACAAGGAGUUAGGGACACUGCCAAAGAGACACCGACAACUGAAGAUGCAAGUAGAUCGAGAGCAUCUAGUGGCGGUAGCUGUGGGGCACAUAGUUGCAUCUCAGAAGAUCCCAAUUAUGCACGCAUUGGCCCAUUAUUAGAUCUUGUCCAUUCUCAGACACCAAUUGCCAAAGAAGCGGAACCUGGCUAUGCAGUAGUCGAUAACAGGGUCAAUAAUCACUUUAUUUCCAGCAGUGUGACUAUGGAACUGGAGAGCCCACUAAAUCACACAAAUGACGAGACAGGUUCUUUGGGUGAGGUGAGCGAUCAUACUUUUAUUAGAGGAGGCAUUGCGGAGAAGCAGAGGGUAUCGACUGGAGACGAUGACCACGACGACGACAAUGUCUCUAUUGGAGAAGUGAAUGAACCUGGAUAUGCUCGAGUGAAGAUUCUGACUUUAGAAGAUGCCGGAGAUGAAACUGAGAUGGUGAUUGUUGUUGACAAUGACAGCGAUCAUGAAACUGUCGGCUACUCACGAGUGGACAAGAAGGAUGACAUUGAGGACGACGUCCCUGAUCCUGGAUACCAACGUAUCGCUGAUGUAAGACGUCAAACAACAGCUUUACUCACACAAGGUGAAGUGGAUGCUCUCUACGCUAAAGUGAAUAGAGCCAGUAAAACGAAGCGAGAGAAUGUAGAUGAUCCAUCAGCUCUUUACAGUAGAGUAAUGAAGGUUAAAGUUCGAGAUUCAUCAGGUUUGUAUAGUAAAAUUAACAGACAGAGAGCUGUGUCGCCUCUGUAUAGUAAAGUACACAAGCUUCAAGCGAAGGAAACAGAAUCGGACAAUGGUGAAGAAGGUGGAUCGAACGAAGUGACCGUUGAUGACGUGACCGCUUUGUAUGCAAGAGUUGUGAAACGGAAGGAUAAGAAAGAGAGUACCAAGACAGAUGAUAGAUCCAAGGAGAGAAAACCACGACGACGUCUACCAAGACUGCCAUCCGAUGAUGAGCACAUUUCUCUGUUAGAGCGAACAAAGCGGCUUGAGAAAAAGUUAUUGCGAUUGAGUCGUGGAUUGGGAGAUGAUGACGACGACGAAACAGAAAGUAAAUUGGAGAAAAGUAGAGCAAGCCCUAAGGAUAUCCCACAAAGCAGCCAAGGACUGGUAAAACAAAGAAUGGCGUUUUUUAGCCAGCAGUCUAAUGCAGCUAGUGACAGUGAUGAUGUUGUUCGAAGAAAACGUGGUCGUGCUCAAAUGAGUGCAAACAGUAGUGCAUCGGUUUCGUCAUCUGUUGAGUCAUAUGCAUCAGACAGUGUAGUGUGUAGUAGAUCGUUUAUGUUCAGUCCAACAAGAUGUAUCUCACCAACUGGUUUGAGUUCGAGGCAAAGUGUGGGCGAGGAAGUGGUGACGUCUCCUGGACCAGCAUAUACCGAAUCGAGGUAUAUGCAGGUACGUGAUGGUCAAACACCUCAAGGGUUACAGGAGCGGUCAAUAGAAAAGACAUCAUCCAUCUCACCACUUUUAUCACCAGAUAUUGAUAUGCAGAGAACAUGGCCACGACCUAAGAAAGACAAAGGGAAACCACCCGUUUCUCCAAAUUUUUGUGAGGAGACUGUUAGGGUAAUGCUUCAUAAGGAAGUAGCCGGCAUAGAUGAUGCUUCGUUUGGGUUGAGUUUUGAAGUGAAACCCAGAGCUCAUCGGUUGCACAUUUCUAGGAUUGCUGUUGGUAGUGUUGCUUCGCAAUGUUCAAAGAUUGGCAUUGGAGAUGAGUUGUUGGCAGUCGAUGGCAAACCUUUCUCUAGUGGUGAAAUUAGUUUACUGAUGGAUUAUAUGAACAAAGUAGAUGACGUCAAGUUGAGGCUGAGAAAGAGGCCACGACAAGGUGUUGCAUUCAAGGAAAAAGUGAAGGAACAACAGCGUCUUCGGCUACAAGACAAGUUUUCAUUAGCUGAAUCAUAUCGUCUAUCUGGGAGCGAAAUGAGCCUUAACAGCAGCUUUGAUUCCAUUGGCGAAGGACAACAUGUUGAAGGGCAAAAUGUAGAACAAUGCAAGAGAUCUAUUGUGGAGUCACAUCCAGACCAUGUCAAAAAAGGAAACAAGCUGCAUUGUAUAGAAAACUGUGGAAAUUUGCUUAGAGCAGAUGAGGCUAAUAGGGGAAUUAGUGGGAGUAGAGAAGAUCUGACGUACUCUAGUGUACAUGGUACUGAUAAUCACUCAUCUGUAGUAUUACGAGACAUGGGAAAGAAGGCGAAAAAGAAAGGUAUCUGGAAGCGAUUUUCUAGUGCUUUGACGAAGAACUAUCGCAGUGGCAGUAUAGAUGAUCUUACUCGACUUUCUGACACGUUUGUUGUCUUGAAAGCACAACGACGAAUUGGUUCGGUGGACAAUGUGGAGCAGGAGGAUCAGCACCCGCAUACUGCUGUGGAUAGGUUGAGUGAAUUGGACCAGUUGGUCACAGCAGAAAGCAGAACGACUGUAUCCAGUGAGAACAGUCACGAAAGCGGCUCAACUGUGCCAAGUGUUACAUCACCUCUACCACGUUCCUGUUCAGGAGACGCGUCGACUGAACCAUCUUUUCCACUUCAACUCGGAGAUUACAAACUUGGACAAGGUCAAGUGCUGGAUCAAAGACAUUCAGGAAAAAUGCUCAUAGCAAUGGGAGAAAUCGAACUGUCUGUUAUGUAUCACGGAAGCAGAAUGACCGUCGAGAUUAUUAAGGCACUCAACCUUCAAGGACAGAACAAACAGAAUGCACAAAUUCCAUAUGUGAAAGUCUAUUUGGUCUCAUCUGUGACACAUCAGAGACUGGCCAAACGUAAAACAAAAAAAGCAGCCACUCGUCCAGUCGACCCUGCUUUCUACGAGCAACUGUAUUUCUCAGAGUCAGACUUUCGCAAUAAACAUUUACAGGUGAUGGUGUGGCGGCAGGAAGGUUCGGGAGUGUUUGCAAAGAAUCGGUGCAUUGGUACUGCGAUUUUGUCAUUGGAUGAAUUGGAUCUGUCAUCCAAGGUUCAAGAUAUGUACAGCUUGUUUGCUUUGCCGCAUCAAAAGUCUGACAUAGUUGCGGUGUCUCCCACCAAUAGAACCUUGUAGUCUGAUUAGUAGUUGUAGUUGAUUGUACUGCAGUUACAUUCAUGUCGAAUAGUAGCAUAUAAUUAAUGUACGGAUAAUUUGUAGAGAGGGAUGGUGUUUGCAUUGUUGAUAUUAUUAGUAUCAUCGAAGGUAUCGUAGUGACUUGAUAUUUUGCAGCAUCUGUAUGUUAAUUGUCGACUUGAAUAGAGUUGUAGGUUGUUCGUUUUUGUGGACUGUGAA